CUUAGUAAAUCGGUAAUCAUUUUAUACAAAGAUUUAUUUAUGUAUCUUUUUGGCAUAUCAAAGGACACUAAGUAAGAAAUAUCAGUCAUUAUCAGUCACAAAGUCCCACCCCUUCAGAACCUUUUUUUCCCAAAAGGGAAAUGCUUGUGGUUUCACUGUUACUUGUUCACAUUCUAAGCUGCAGCUUUCAUCAGAUACAAACUUUCUGCCAAAGAUGAGGGAUUUUCUGACUAAUUUUCCCUUUAGGGCUCUCAGCAUUUUUGUUACCAUCGUUGGCAGUUUUACUUACAAUAUUUUACUUGAGCGUGAUAUACAAUGCACGUGCAAAGAUGUAGCUCUAGACUGCAGCACAUACAUGCUCAUACCAUUUUGCAUUAUAUUUUUCUUAAUACUUUGGACAGACAAGACAUUACAGAGGACCUGCAAGUAUACAUGUGUGUGUGAAUGUAACAAUCAGGAGCAACAGAACCAGCAAUGUGUCAGGACACAAUUAUGUGGCGUUUUCUGGAGUCGAAUUUUCAAGGCAUUUUCUGUUGGUGUGCUAUGGGUCGUCUCUGUGCUCGUUGAUGGAGACUGGUACGUUUGCUGCGAGAGUGAAACAGAGAAAUCACAGUUAGCCUGCAAAGAUAAAACCAACAUCACAGCUGAGGAAAAUGUGAUGAUCAAUUCCCUGAAAAACACAUCAAGGCUUAUUGGAUUCUCAGUGCUCUUGGGUAUUGUUUUUCUGGUGGCCCUGAUGUCACUGUGGUGUGAUUGCUGUAAAUGCUAUGUUUGCUGUAAAUGCUGUUGUAGCAGAAGAGCUGUUUAUGACAGAGUGAUCUUGGAACAGCAAGAAGAGGUACUGAAAGAGACUUUCAGAGAAGCUGCAAAAGAACAGUUGACCAAACGCAUCUUUGAGAAAAUAGAUGGAAAUGCAGCUGAUGCGCAACCUGCAGCGCAACCUCCAGUGCAACCUCCAGUGCAACUUCCAGUGCAACCUCCAGUGCAAGAUCAAUGGAUAAAAGAUCUUAGAAAUAUCGCUGCAAAAAUGAUUGAAGACUCAGAAAAACCAGUACUUUCUAAAGAACAAAAAAAAAAAGUAGAAUGCCAUACAGGAGGAUCCACAGGCACAGGGGAGCAGCAAGUUGAAGAUGGCUGACUGUUUCUGACCUGACGAGUCUGCUGCAAAA